GCGGUGCCGGUGAUCGGCGGAUCGGGAUGCCGGUGGCGGGCGGUGAUCGGAGGGGGGGAGGGGCCGCCUCCAGGGCCCCCUCCAUCCCCCGCUGCGGAGUGUCCAGCCCGUUCAGGGGACAUUUGAGCACGAAAAGCAACGCCUUCUGCACCGGCCACAGCAGCCGGCUAAGUGACCAGUACCAGAUCCAAGACCACAUGCUUGUCCACUACAAUAAGAUCCUCACUGCGAAAGCCGCCGUUGAUUGCUCCGUUCCGAAGAGUUUGACCAAAAGCGUUAAAUACAAUGACCAGCAGAGACGGGAGAGACUGAAGACGGUGGUGACCCGCAUGGAGCGCGACUCUCUACCUUCCAGAGCCUCGUCAUCGCGUCCCGACUCUCGGGAGAGCUUAGACUCCGCCUUACAGCAAAAGGAUCUGUAUGGUGGGUACGGCAAUGCGCUCCGACGAUCUCCGUACUCCGAUCCUGGGGCUUCCCCAACUUCCUUCCUCUAUUCGCCCCGACACUUCCAUUCUUCCGAGUAUGCUGCCGACUUUAGGCCGAGGCACCCCGACCUCUCGGGAGCUCCUUCUAGGAUGGGCUGCGGCCUGUCCGGCUCGUCCACCUGGGGUGCUGCCACGCAGAGGUUCCAGGACAACCGCGAGAAGACCUACAGCGGCGACCUGAUCGAAAAACACGCCCAUCACUUCACCAGCAAGCAGCGGGCCUUCACCCCGCGGACCCUGAAGACGCCGGCCAAAUCUGCGCUGGCGCAGAGCCGCUUUUACACCCCGCCCAGGAGGAAGAGGAGGGAGACGGUGAGCGAAGUCCAGACCGAUCUAAGCAGCUUUAGGGGCCGACAUGAAGCAGCAAACAGGAACCUCCCUCUGGAUGGAGAACAGGUUCCAUGGGCCUGCAUUAGACGUGAGGAUGCUGAGGAACACUCCACUAGCCGGGGAGAAGAAGAGAGCGCUGACUGUCUUCAGGUUGAGGACCCAGAAAAUUCCCUUCUGAGUGAAGAGGAGGUAGACGAUGACCCACACCGACUCUCCGCCUCCAGGAUGUCGUCUUAUAAUGAAUUGAAAUCUCCAUCUCCUACAACGCAGAGGAUCCAUUCCGAAGAGGAAGAAUUGGCUUACCUGGGAUUUGUGGCCGACGUGACCAAUGAAAUCUUGUCCCUGGGAUUGUUCUCCGACAGGAUUCUAAAUCGGGUGUUUGAGCGUCACCUUCGAGAAAAUAGACAUCGAUUGGAUGAGGGAAAAAUGUGCCACCUGCUGGAGACUCUCAGGGCUGACUUGGACUCCAAGGACGAGAAGCAACUCGAUCUUUUUGAAGAUCACAACUUUAGUGCCAGCAGACAUUUUAGAGAUCCAUUCGUCCGUCCCCGUGCAGUCAAGAAUGAUGGUUUCCGUUCUCAAGACUUUUUGGUAGAGGGCUACAAAUCUAAUCUAAGGUACCUCCAUGGAAAGGACGAUGAGCCUCAACUCCGAGAACAUGUCCAGACUGGCCUGGAUGAAGAAGACAAGCCAGGACCAAGCGGGUCCCUAAUUUGCCUUGACAAAACGGAUUUGGACCACAACAAUUUUCUCAGCGGUCAGGAAGACGUUUUAGCCACCCCCCGGUCACCUGAAGCUGUGAUAUCUCUUCCUGAGGAUGAGCUGGACACGUCUCUACAAAAAGAUGACUUCUUAUCUUUGCAGGACAAUCACAAGGAGACGUAUUCCGAAUCACAAGACAACAUCCAUCUGUCAGAGGAGACGCCACCUGUGGACAAUGUUCUCCCAGAAGACCAUAAUGAAAUCCAGAGAAGCUUCUCCCAGAUGGGUCUGAACGAUCUACCAGAACUGGAUCAGGACUUGAAGACUUCCCUUCAGCCAAGGGAUCUUGAGGAUCUGGAACAGAGCUUCUCAGAAAUCAUUCAAGUGUCCAAAGCUGAAGACAGUUCUGUUCACGAGACUGAGAACGUUCCCUCCGACCGCGAGGACAUCUUUGAUCUGGAUGACUUCUAA